AUCAAUAAGGAGCCCCGCGUUCUCUCUCUCUCACACACUCUCUCUCUCCAAUAAAAGCUCCCUCGCGAGCUCUUCUCCUUCGCCAUUUUGAUCUCGGAAACGAAGACCGAACCCUAACCCUAGCCCUAGCCCUAGUCUCUAGGGCUUUUCCAUCACGAGGGAGACGGAGACGCCGCGGCGAUGGAUCACAAGGGCGGAGGAGGAGCAGGCGGCGAGCUCGAGCUGGCAGGGACGAGGGGCCCAGGCGCUGUGGAGAGGGGGAACGCCGCGCCGGCCACGAAGCCCUUGAGCCUCGCGAAGCUCAUCCUGGCCUGCAUGGUCGCCGGCGGCGUCCAGUACGGAUGGGCCCUGCAGCUCUCCCUCCUCACCCCCUACGUUCAGACGCUUGGUUUAUCCCAUGCCCUUUCUUCGAUUAUGUGGCUUUGCGGCCCGAUUGCAGGCUUUGUAGUUCAGCCUUGUGUUGGUUUAUGGAGCGACAGAUGCCGUUCGCCGCUCGGACGGCGGAGGCCAUUUAUUCUCGUCGGAUGCGUGUUGAUCUGUUGUGCUGUUAUUGUAAUUGGAUAUUCUUCCGACAUCGGUUAUGCCCUCGGCGACACGAAGGAACAUUGCAGUGUUUACCGUGGGCCCCGGUGGCACGCAGCUAUUGUGUAUGUUCUCGGAUUCUGGCUAUUGGACUUCUCCAACAAUGCUGUACAGGGUCCGGCUCGUGCACUAAUGGCUGAUCUCUCAGUGGGUCAUUUUGGACCGAACGCUGCUAAUGCGAUCUUCUGCUCGUGGAUGGCCUUUGGAAAUAUUCUAGGAUAUUCUUCGGGUUCUAGCGGGAAGUGGCACGAGUGGUUCCCUUUCCUUCAAACGGCAGCUUGCUGUGAAGCAUGUGCAAAUCUGAAGGGCGCAUUUUUCAUUGCUGUGAUCCUCCUAAUCUUCUCCAUGAGCGUAACAAUGAUCUUCGCUCGAGAAGUGCCCCUCCCUCCGCGCAACUCUGGCAAGGCCGAUGAGGAGGACGGCGAUGGAGAGAGAAUGAAUUUUUUCGCUGUGUUCAAGGCCUUCAAGAACUUACCUCCCGGAAUGGUUUCGGUCCUUCUUGUCACCGGCCUUACAUGGCUUUCCUGGUUCCCAUUCAUCCUCUAUGACACUGACUGGAUGGGUCGUGAAGUGUACCACGGUGAUCCGAAGGGAUCUCCAGCUGAGGUUGCCGCUUAUGAUCGUGGAGUCAGAGAAGGCGCAUUUGGUUUGCUAUUGAAUUCGAUUAUUCUCGGACUUAGCUCGUUCCUCAUCGAACCACUUUGCCGGAAAUUCACCGCAAAGCUCGUAUGGGUGAUAAGCAACUUCAUUUUGUUUGCCGCAAUGGCCGCCACGGCAAUCAUAAGCGUGUGGUCGCUGAAUGACUACCGCGGUUCCAUUCAGCACGCAAUCACAGCUGAUAAGGAUGUUAGAAUCGCAGCACUGGUCCUCUUCGCGGCCCUAGGAUUUCCUCUUGCUGUUCUCUUCAGCGUCCCGUUCGCCGUUACCGCACAGAUAGCAGCUAACGGGGGAGGCGGCCAAGGGCUGUGCACCGGGGUCUUGAACAUUUCAAUUGUCGUGCCACAGGUUAUCGUAGCGCUAGGCGCAGGCCCAUGGGACGCGCUGUUCGGAAAGGGCAAUAUCCCUGCGUUCGCCCUCGCCUCCGCCUUCUCGCUCGUCAGCGCCUUUGUGGGCUUCUUCAUGCUGCCAAAGCUCUCCAAGAGUAACUUCAAAACUGCCGGUGUUGUCGGCGGCCAUUGAGCAUCAGACCCUCUCCUUCUUUCCUUCUGGGGGGAAUUUCACCACUUCGUGGCCUCCAAGGUAGAAGCCAAAGUUCCUGAGCUCCGUUCGGUUUUCAAUUUCGCCUUUCGGAAGGAACGUGUGGGGAGCACGGCAUUUGUUGCUUUUGUGUGUUGAGAUCUGUAAGAUAUUAAUAAUGAGUAUGUGUAAAAUGCGCCUGAAAUCCUUCUCUCACUACUUGACCACUAAGAAUAUAUUGCUCUACUUGGAGAAGGGUCAAAACCAUUACGCGGGGUUCUUUGUAUCAGAAGCAAAAUGAAAUAUUCAAAUAUUA